AUGAGCUUUUUCCGGUCACCUGAAAAGCCUUUCCACUGCAAAGAUAAGCCCACUAUUGUCAUUCUUGGGACUGGCUGGGGAGCAAUUAGCUUCUUGAGAGCGCUCAAGCCCCUCCAUAGUAACCAGUAUAAUGUGCAGAUCGUGUCCCCCCGCAACUACUUCUUGUACACGCCCCUGCUGCCUGCAUCUGCCACCGGCACAGUGGACACUCACUCCAUAGUAGACCCCAUUCGCAGCCACCUGGACGCCCGCUGCAACUACUACGAAGCAGAAUGCUUAAACAUCGAUGCAAAGGAGAAGAUUCUGACAUGCGGCUACACGAAGCCCUUCAGGGAAGCAUCGGACGCGGGCCAAAAGGAUCACACCUUCCAGAUGAAGUAUGAUGUCCUCAUUGUGGCGAUCGGCGCAGUGACCAACACGUUUGGCGUGCCGGGGGUGGACGAGAACUGCUUCUACAUGAAGAGCGCAGAGGACGCCAAAGCGCUGCGAGAGCGCAUAAAUGCAUGCUUCGAGCUGGCCAACCUGCCAGACACCACCGACGAGGAGCGCAAGCGCCUCCUCAGCUUUGUCAUCGUGGGUGGAGGCCCGACAGGCACAGAGCUGGCAGCAGAGAUGAACGAUCUGGUGAUAAUUUUGGAGGACAUGUUGCGGUACUUCCCGCGCAUAACCAGGAGCCAGGUGACAAUAAAACAGAUAGACAGCCAUGACCACAUCCUCAGCGCUUUUGACCGCACCAUCGCUGAGUAUGCCACCGAGCACUUCCGCCGCUCCGGCAUCGACCUCGUUCUCGCCUGCCGGGUGAAGGCAGUGGAGCCAGGGGCGGUAGUGGUGCAGAAGGGCAAGGAGACCGACCGCAUUCCCUUUGGCACAUGCAUCUGGACCACAGGCAUCCGCAUGCACCCCCUAGCAGAGCGCCUUGCAGACGGGCAGGAGCACUGGCGCUCGUUGAUGGUGGACAACAACCUGCGCGUGAAGGGCUCUGACAGUAUUUUCGCACUUGGCGACGCCGCUACCAUUGAGCAGGAGAGGGUGCUGCGGCAUGCAGAGGAGCUGUUUGAGCAGGGUGAUGCAAACCAUGAUGGCAUGCUGUCCUCAGACGAACUGCAGCAGCUGCUCCUCCUGAACGUGAAGAAGUAUCCGCAGCUGGCGGAGAUUGCGGCGCGCGUGCCCAAAAACACGGUGCUCUCCAAGGAGGCCUUCCUCAAACACCUGGAGGAGCUGGACAAGAGCCUGCGCUCCGUUCCCGCCACUGCCCAGGCUGCACACCAGGAAGGCCACUACCUGGGCAAGCUUUUCAGAAAGUACAAGAUUGAUCCUGCAACCAAAGAAGUGGUGCCAGAGGAUGCACCGGAGUUUGAGUACAAGCCGCUGGGGACGAUCGCCUACAUAGGCCACGACAAGGCGGUGCUUGACCCGGGGCCGUCGGCGCCGUUUCUCCGCUACAUUCGUGGCUGGCUCAUGGGCCUCGGCUGGAAGUCCGCCGAGGUGUUCAUGCAGAUCUCCUACAAGAACAUGUGGCUGGUGUCCAGGGAUUUCCUCAAGGCCAAGAUCUUUGGCAGGGACAUCUCAGAUGUGUGA